AUGUGGAAGCAAGCCUCUGCGUUACAACACAUCGACUCAAAUGGGCUGAACAUUAGGGAGGUUGCUAGAAUUAUCUCUACUAACAGCACAUUGAAGCCAUACCACUUCACUUGGCGAGCCCCGUCCGCAGAUGAUGAACGUGCUCCAUGCCCAAUGCUCAACACUCUUGCAAACCACGGCUUCCUCCCGCACAACGGUCGCGACAUUACGCGCGAUAUCUUCUUGAAAGCCCUCACCGAUGCUCUAAAUUUUGAUCAAGAAAGUGUGGACAGACUCUUUACCGGCGCUCUCAGCGCUGUGCCCAAGUUCAACUCUACUUCAUUUGAUCUCGGCAUGCUCCACGUCAAGAACUUUAUUGAACACGAUGGAAGCACCUCUAUGCAGGACGUGAUAGUCGAACCACAUGCUGUUUAUCAUGAACCCACCUUUAGGAACUUCAUGAGCUACAUCCCGAAAGACGCAAGCAGUAUCACCAUUCCUGCUGCUGCCAAUGCCAAGGCCCGCCAUUUCAAGGACAUGAGCGAGAUCAAUCCACGAUUUAGCAUCUUGCAGAGCCAACAGACGCCGAUAAUGCUCGAGAUGGCAUCGACAUUUCUCGUCUUUAGUCAGGCCACACAGAACGUCGCUAACCGGUCCUACUUUGAAUACUUUUUCCGCAACCAACGAUUACCGGUCGAGCUCGGUUGGGCCCCGCCACGGAUGGAGAUUCUUUUCACCAACAGGUCUAGGGAGAUUGCAGCUGCGCUGAUCAAAGAAUUACCCACGGACGUUCCAUUCCUGUAUAAUCCUAGUGAUAUGGGGUCAGCCUAG